AUGUCUGGCCAGUUCAACAGUCCCUUCGGGGCCAACGCCAACCCCUUUGGAGGCAAGAUGCAGAGUUUAGCGGAGGAGGAUGAGAAUGGUGCUGCUGCUCCAGUGUCCUUUGGCGUUGACGGCUCUCAAAGUGGUCCUGGUGACGCUAGGAGCCGUCCAAACCCCGAUAGCUAUCCUGCACAGUACAACUUCAACCGUCGUACAUCAGUGUCGGCCGAAUCAUUGAAGCCCAGUGCCGAUGAAAACGACAACUGGACACCCCCAUACCACGAGAAAACCCCAGACCAGAUUGAGAGACUGAAGAAGGCCAUCGAGGGCAACUUCCUAUUCAGCCACCUCGAGGAUGAGCAGAGUGCACAAAUACUGGGCGCGCUGGUCGAGAAGCCGGUUCCAGCAAAGGACAUAAAGGUGAUCAGCCAAGGUGACGCCGGAGAUUUCUUCUAUGUGGUAGAAAAGGGCUCUUUCGACGUCUAUGUUAACAGCACUGGCCAACUACAGCCCGGACCUGACGGGAUGGGAUCAAAAGUGGGCACCAUCGUGGCUGGUGGUUCUUUUGGUGAGCUUGCUCUCAUGUACAACGCCCCACGUGCGGCUACUGUGGUGUCGGCCGAGGCGAACUCGACACUCUGGCAACUCGACCGUGUGACCUUUCGCCGUAUUCUGAUGGAGUCCACCUUUGCGCGCCGUCGCAUGUACGAAAGCUUCCUCGAGGAAGUCCCUCUGCUGUCUUCGCUCACGCCUUAUGAGCGAUCCAAGGUCGCCGAUGCCCUCGAGACAAGCAAGUUCGCGCCUGGCGAAGUCAUUAUCAAGGAAGGUGAUCCGGGCCACUCAUUUUUCUUGCUAGAGGCUGGCCAGGCGGACGCUUACAAGGGCGAUUCAAGCAACACGGUGAAGCACUACAAGAAGGGCGAUUUUUUCGGUGAACUAGCACUCCUCAACGAUGCUCCUCGAGCCGCUAGUGUCGUCGCCUCGUCGGAUGUCAAAGUGGCCUCGCUGGGCAAGAGUGCGUUCCAAAGGCUCCUGGGGCCAGUCGAGGGGAUCAUGCGACGCACCAAAUAUCAAGGGGUCAAGUCAGGCGUGGAAGAGAUGGACCCCCUGCACCGCGGCUAG